AAUGCAGUGCUCAGACAUGCCUGCUUCGCUCAAAGCCAUGGACUCGAUACAAGAAGGAGGCGUGGAAGAGGUUUAAAGAGAGACAACUAUGCUCACCCGUGUUCAGACCUGACAGCCGCUUUCCUCCAACAGCUCAGAGCCUGUCCAGCCUGCCUAUGGCGUACUCCACUGGUACUAUUGCAAAGGGCUGCUUUGGGAAGGUGUACAAAGAGAAGUACAAUGACACCUGGGCUGCCAUCAAGAAAGUCCCCCAUCAUCUCAUCAGCAGGAAGGACCUGGAGAGAGAGUGUGACGUCUACAACAAAGCGAGUCAUCCUAACAUAGUGAAGCUUCUGGGCAACAUAACACUACGAGAUGGAAAAUGGGUCAUUCCACUGGAGUUUAUUUUCGGAGAGGACUUGGAAACCACCAUCUUCAAAGCAUCGAAGUCUAAAAUUCAGUUAACUCCAGCAAAUAAAGGCACCAUCAUAAUCGGCAUGUGUGAAGGGCUGCUUCACCUCCACUCCAGAGACAUCGUCCAUCAAGACCUCAAGCCUGAAAAUAUCAUGGUGGAACAUAAUACAAACAGAGCUGUCAUCAUCGACCUGGGAUUGGCGAAGUUCUUCAAACGUGGACUCAACUCUGCCGUGGACAUGGGGAAUGAGGCCUACUCGGCCCCUGAGGUCCUCCAAAGGGGUAGUCAGCGGGACCAGCGCUCCGAUGUCUGGGCCAUGGGUAAGAUCAUCGCUGAGCUGUGUGCACGGGUCCGGCUGUACACCCCCAGCGUCUGCCCAGACAAGAUCAAGGAGACCCUGCGGGAUCAGCCGUACUGCCAUGCUGUGUGCAGGAUGGUGGAGCCCGACCCCAGUCUGAGGGCAUCCAUGGGUGGGGUUAUGAGUGAAAUAAGAAGGGCUGGAGGUGGGGGUGUCACCAACAACAACCCACCUACUCAAGUAACAUACCUUAAACCACCUUCUUCCCACAUUAAUGACCGAAACAGGUCUCCGUCACCAAUAAACAAGUCUCCGUCACCAAUAAACAGGUCUCCAUCACCUCUAAACAGAGCUGCAUCACCAUUUCAGAGAGAUCUAUUGCCCCCCAACAAGUCUCCAUCACCGCUGAACUGGGAGCGCCACCCCAGACCAGAAAUAAAACCUUUGCGUCCUCAGGCUGCUCAGCACUUCCCUCCCUCCCCUCGAAGGACAGAGGACAAGACCAAAAACCAGGCUGUGGUUCCCAAAGGCAGGGCAGACCUCACACAGGACAUGGUGAAGCUGAGGUUGUACCAAGAAGCUGCGAAAGACUUGCCCUGCAACCUGCCCACCACGGGCCGGGUGGUGGUACGACGCUUCGAGGAGAAAAACGGGGAGGUGGAGACAUGGGAGCAGAAAGAGGUGGUGACACGUGAUGGAAAGAUAGUCAAGUACGAUGAUAUUAAGUUUGACAGCAAAUAAAAAGGAGGGAAAAUGUUGAAGUUGACUAUUUUGGCUUUUUCUCCGCUAAUGGUCAUUGCAUGUGCUCUUAAACCUUUUUUGGUUUUCUAGAGGGAGUAAAUACAUGUUGUCUAUGUUCAUUAUGUUCAUUAUGUAAGAUUUAGGGCAGGGCUGUCAUGUUCUGUAUGGGAAGACUUUGAAGGACUUUAAUAAUAGGUUUUGGUAGAAAUUGUCACUGUGAUGACAUCUGAUUCCAGUCAGUCCUGUCAUGUUGAUUUCACAGUAUGAUGCUGGCUAAUGUAUAGAAAUGUGGUUUCACAGAAUAUAGUGGUGUCACCUUUGGGGUAUAAAAUAAGAAUAAAAAUAAAUAUAAUGUUGAUGUAUUUUGAGCUGUUCUGCCAUAAUUGGUCUAUGAAUUCAUGAGCUAUGGUUAAAAGCAUGCUUUCUUAAGCCACAAUGAUCUUGACCUUUGACCUCUGGAUUUUGAUUUGUAACCAGCUCAUCCUUGAGUUCAAGCAAGGGUUUGUGCAAAAUUUGAAAAGAAAAUCCCACAAAGUGCUCCUGAGAUGUCGCGUCCAUGGGACUCCAACAGACAGAUGGACGUAUGGAUAGACGGACCAAUGGACUAAAUGGAUUCACCCAAGUGAGGGUGGAUCAGAGUUAAUACCAUAUCCCCUUAAAGUGAAACCCACACUGGUUCUAAUCAGGGUUUUUGGCCUUCAUAGCAGAGGAUUUCAGUUUGACUGUGUCACCAGUAGAUGUCACCACACACUGAUCUUUAAAGUUAUGGUUAAACCAAUGGUCCAAACCCAGUGGUCUCUGUCUUAAAUAUCUGUUUUCUACAUAAGCAGUAGGUUUCUAUGUUUUAUGUAUUAAAUCUGUGUCUAUG